AUGUUGGCGGAACCUCCUACUUCCCUGUUCGUGCCCGUUCGACCCCGUGCGCGCCGUUGGACGGACGUCAUCGCGGCGCGCCGUAGGCCCGGGCGCGGCGUCGCGGGGCGAGCGGACUGGCGGGAGAAGCUCGCCAUGUUCGCGGAGAGGCGCCCUGGCCGAGGCAGCGAGGGCAUCGAGUUGUCAGCAGAGGUCAAACCAUUUGUUCCAAAAUAUGCAGCGGUAACUGUGGCAUGGUCAGAACCCUCAGCAGCAUGUGUCUUUCCUAGGUACUUAACUACAGGCUACACAUUUGCUCAGGAACCAUCUUUGGAUAAGCAAUGACUAUAUGCUGAAGAUUUGCCUGGGGAUGACCUCUCAUCUCUUUCUCAAUGUCCAUCACUUAGUGUUGUGGGAGAUCCUGCAUUAAAUGAAUACUCCAGCAGCUUUUGCUCACCUGAUGUUGUUUCAAAUACAAAUCCAGUAGCUGCCUCACAGUAUCAUUCAAAUGGGUCAACAUACUGUAAUGAUUCCAGAAUAGUCAGUGAAUCUGCAGAACAAAAGUAUCCAAUCAGACAAGAAAGUAAGAGUCUUUUAAAGCAGAGGAAAGCAAAGGACGAUGGAAAGAAAUCAGACAAGAAAAAGCAAGAUGGACAGGAUUCUUCUGUCAGAAUUGUGAAACGGGCUGCAUUACAGACCUCUGCAGGCAGCAAAGAUUCCAUGAAGCCAGACAGGUUCAAUAAAACUGCAAGCAAGAAGUCAACUCAAGCUCCAAAAAUAGAGUCUUUUCCUGCAUUUGAAACUACUAUUUUGGAUUUCCACAAGUUGCAGAGUUUGGGAAGCAGUGAGAUGUUGAAUGUGCAUCAUAAAAAUGGACAAGCAUGUUCAGUGGAAAGUAACAUUAUGUGCCUUAGUCAACCACAGGUGUCUCCUUUGUUGAACACAGAGGAAGCCGAUUCUGUGGAAAGCAAAGCCUCAUCAAAAACUUUAAAAGAAACAGUAGCAAGCUUAAUUCCCUCUUCAUUUGAUGGUAGAGUAUUUCCUGGAACAUCUACAGAUGGCUCUGCUCAGCCGCAUGUGUCCUGGGCCAUGGUACUUUCACAGUCCCCAAAGAAAACUUUUUCAUCACCAGCAUCUGAAUGUCUCCCCAGAUACGAAGGGAAGCAGGACAGUCAAGCAAAGGCAGAAAUAAAAAAUUAUGGUAGUGAAACUGAGCUUGAAGAAGGGUCAGAAAAGAAGAAGAAAAAGAAGAAAAAGAAAAAGAAAAAGAAGAGCAAGUCACCUGCUGAUGUAGAGAAGCCUUAUAAUGAAUCUACUACAGUGCAGGAACCGCCGAGGAUUGAGGAUGCUGAGGAGUUUCCUGAUCUGGCAGCUGCUUCUAAUCAGAGAAACAGAUUAGGAUCUCAGAAAACAUCAUUUACUUCUGCUGGCAGAAAGCAAUCUGAAAUUAUUUUGAAAGAACGAGAACUGCGAAAACAGCAACACCUGUUAGAACAGACAGCAGUACCAAAGGAUGGAGGUAAUUCCUGUGUGUCUGCAGAAAAUGCAGCUAAAGAUGAAGCACUUCCACAGGAUAGUCAAGCAGUUGUUCCUGUAAUGCAAGUUGUAGAAGGGCUUCUGGGGAGCACAGAGAUCAAGGAAUCUACAGAAAGCUCUAUGACUUCAAAGCAGUCAACAUCUAAUCUUCCAAAAAUCCAUAGUAGAAGAUUUAGAGAUUAUUGCAGCCAAGUACUUAGUAAAGAAGUUGACAGUUGUGUGACAGAUCUCUUGAAAGAACUGGUUCGGUUCCAAGAUCGUUUGUAUCAGAAAGACCCAGUAAAGGCGAAGAUAAAACGCAGGCUUGUUAUGGGCCUUAGAGAAGUUUUGAAACAUCUGAGGCUGAAAAAACUGAAGUGUGUCAUCAUCUCUCCUAACUGUGAGAAGAUUCAGUCAAAGGGUGGAUUGGAUGAGACUCUUCACAACAUUAUCGACUGUGCCUGUGAGCAGAAUAUACCAUUUGUUUUUGCUCUUAAUCGCAAGGCCCUGGGUCGCUGUGUGAACAAAGCAGUGCCUGUGAGUGUAGUGGGAAUUUUUAGCUAUGAUGGAGCUCAGGAUCAUUUUCAUAGAAUGGUACAACUGACAACAGAGGCCAGGAAGGCCUACAAAGAUAUGGUAGCAGCUUUAGAGGAAGAAGCUGAAGGAAGACAAACAGAAACUGAACUCAGCAUCAUAACCACUGAAUCUGAAAAAAGUUGCUUAUCAGAAACUGGUAAAACUUCUCCCAAGAACAAUGAUGAGGAUAUACCAAAUUACAUUAAAAUCUGGAAGAAAAACCUUGAAGAAGAAUAUAACCCCUAUGCACUGGAACUGGAAAAGAGUGCAACUGCUGACAUGGCGGUUCUGAAUUCAGAAGAGCAUCACUAAAUGCAGAUCAUAUUCUGCUAGGCUUUCAAGUUUUAUUUUGUAAUAGAUCUACAAAUAUUUUAUCUGAAAUUAAAUAUCCAGGUAGGAGAGUGGCAAAAAAAAAAAAGUUUAAGUCAGAUAAGUAAGCUGUUCUGAAUCUCCUUACAGAAAAUGCACACUGGAGUAUAUAAGACACUGGCUCAUUCUUCUAAGUUCUGUGUACUUGGCUGAUUACUAUAGUAGACGAUAACAGCAAAUAAGUUGUUUUAACCAAGAACAACCUGAACAAGUUUGGCAUAUUAGUAAUGGUCUUAUGAACUUAAAUUUGUUAACAGUGCAAUAUACCAAAAGAAGUUUGGGGGAGAGAUUCCAUGUGCCGGAUGUUUGGAGCUUUGGGGAUUUGUUUUCUAUUUCUAGUUCUUGUUUAAAGAACUCAAGCUCUUUUUAAAAAAAAAAUUGUUGUUGUUUUUGUUCUGUUUUUCAUAAUCCUGCUCAGGUGAGCAGUUUGGCAUAAGUGUCACUUUAUACCCUUCAGCAGGAGGUGAAUUCUGGGCAGGCAGCUAGUUGGAAACUAAUUCAGGAAAGCUGUAGUGUUGAAGAUUACCAGUUAGUUCUUUCCCUGUGAUCAUUUGUUUUUGCUCUCUGAUACUACUGCAAUCCGUUCACUACAGAUCCUACUUUUGAGCCGGAGGACAUAAGAUGGACCAGCUUGCUUUCCUGUCUGUGGCUUUCCAUGCUGACAUAUUCUUCAUUCCUUUGUUUCAGGGUUAUGCCAGUAUAUAUAUAUGCAAGAGUUUUUAAGUCAAUAUCAGUUUGUAUCUAAGAUAGGGAAAAUUUUUAUCCAAUACAUUAAGUAAAUUUUGAAAACAAAAUGUGCUCAUAAUGCUGUGGUUGAGCACUUUCAUGGGAAUGUAAAUAUAAACACCUCUGUUUACAGCUUACAGAUGUAAGAGGACAAGCCUAAGAAAGUCAUUGGAGGAGGCACAUAACUGAUCCACUGUUCUGAAAAAGAGAUACAGAUACUGUGUGCUGCAGCCAGCCUCUCUGUCAUGCAUUUAUAAGUACUGGAACACAUACUUUGGAAAGUAGCUGCCUCACUGCUGUCAGAUACAGAAGUCUUUAAACUAUUCUUCGGUGACAUUGCACCUGCUUAAAAAUAAUUAAGAUAAAAGAAAGAAAAAUUAUUUCAGAUACUUCUGCUUAAUGGAUGCAGAAGGCCAAAUCUCAGCACUACAAUAAAACUGAAAUAAGUGGGUCCGCACAUUUUCAAGCUGCAGUUGUCCACUAGAAAUAAGUGAACACAAAUGCAGUCUUGAAAUUCACUCCCUUUGUAAGUGUUUGAAGCUACCAUAGUUAACUCAAUAUGGAAAAAUAACUUGGGUGUUUUGUGAGCCAUCUUUAUUUUGAGCAUUAGUCAAAAAUUCUUCAUUUGGUACAGAAGCUUUAUAACCAAAAGGCAUAUGUUUGAACAAAUGAACUUGCUUAUACCAGAAAAGAUUGUUCUUCAGAAUACUAGGAACUGAGUUCAAGGGUAAAUGCUUGAAUGGAGAAUGGAAGAGUGGAAGUGCCUCCGAAAUAAAGUUAUUCAAAUCUUAUUUAUCAAUCUCUAAUUUACAUGCCAAGAGCCUCAAGAGCAAAACAAUUAGUUUGCUUAAUCAACUCAGAACAGAAGGCAUAGAUCAUGUUACGUUGUUUGAGCUGCACAAGUCAUCCUAGGACCACUAGUCAUUCUUUGUUCAGCUAAAAUAAGCGUCAGAAAAAUAGAUGGCUCCAGCAUGGGGAAGAUGGCCUCUCAUAGCACUGGCUACACACUGUGCUCGUUCUCUGAUGAGCAAGGAUAUCAUGUUCUACCUCAAACUUCAGCAGAUUUCUCCUGAACAUUAGUUGUAAUGCCAGCACUAACAUUUGCAAAUACCUCUUUGAAAGCUGUGAUAUUAAGAGUGCCGGGCACUGAUAAGUUGCAUAUAUUCCUCGUUCCAGUUUGUUUAUUCCUUUGUACAUGAGAGGCUGCUUUUCUUGUUGCAACUUCCCUGAAGGAUAAAAAGAACAAGUUGUCAACAUAUCGUUAAAAUAAAGUGGGGUUAAAAGAUUA